AUGAAUAUUCUGGCUCUCCUCGUCUUCUGCCUUCUGGCCAUCACGUCUCCAGUCAUCGCUCGUGGACGUCGUUGCCAUUCGAGCACUCAAUGCGACUAUGAAUCCGUCUGCUACGAGGGAUACUGCUACACCAUCGACGAGAUGUUCGACAAUUGUCAAACGACAAGAAAUGAAUUAUUUCUUUGCAUCGAACUUGUCGAACAUCUCGUCGAUGGUAUAACAGUAUCCCUCGUAGCAGACGGAUUCAUAGUCGCAUUGAGUGCUCGAAUGGCAACGACGUCCACGAGCGAUGACUGGAGACGUGAUGGCCAGGAGGCAGAAGAUGAAGAGAGUCAGAAUAUUCAUUCGGAAUGA